AUGGCUACCGAAAUAUUGGAUACCCAGCUCCAUACUCGUUUCACAGCAUUUCUUUACGCAUUUCGCCUGGAAUCAGUGAUGCUAACAAGACUGUCUAUACCAGAUGCCGCGGAUGCUGAAAGCCCGUUGAAGCCUGCAGAACUCCAAGUUCUAAGAGCGCAAUAUGAGAAAGAGGGCGAACAUGUUGGCGUGCAGACACAGUUCAACUACGCAUGGGGAUUGAUCAAGUCAAAUUCUCGACAUGAACAACAAGAGGGAGUUCGUCUCCUCUCCGACAUAUUUCGCAUAUCCCCUGAGCGAAGAAGGGAAUGCCUCUACUACCUCGCCCUUGGCAACUACAAACUAGGAAACUACUCUGAAGCACGACGAUAUAAUGAUUUAUUAAUGGAAAAGGAACCGGAGAAUUUACAGGCAAGCAGUCUGAAGGGGUUGAUCGACGAUAAAGUUGCGAAAGAGGGCUUAAUAGGUGUUGCGAUUCUCAGUGGCGUUGCUAUUGCUGCUGGAGUUGUGGGCUCGAUGUUAUUCAGAGGUGUGAGUAGAAAUAAUAGAUAA